GCCGCGUCCACCUACAGGCGCCGCAUGAUCGUGCAGGCGUCCUUCCUCGGCCUGCACCAGGACAUCGACUGGGACUCCAGUCGCGUGAGCUGCAUCACCGCGGGCGAGCUGGAGAGGCUCGCGGGCGAGAAGCAGCGGCGGUCCCAGCACGAGGCCGCCGUCCGCAUCCAGCGCUCGUGGCGCGAAUUCAGCGCCAGGGCGAGGGCCCUGCUGAGCGCGCUGAAGGCCGAGCAGCAGGCCAGCGCCGUGAUCGGGCGCUCCUGGCGCGAGAGGCGGCGGCGGAGGCGGGACCGCCGCUUCGACGCCGCGGCGCGGAGCAUCCAGGGCGUGGUGCGUUGCUGGCUGGCCCGGCGCAGGCUUCUUGUGCAGCGCACCCUGGCGCAGAUGCGCAACCCCGGGCCGGGCACGGCCGAGCUGGCCGACGGCCCCGGGACCGCGGCUUCGCUGGACAGGAGUGGCUGUGAUGGCGAAGAGGGUGAGCAGCAGCAGGAGUAG